AAAGUCACCUUCAGCAGGGACGCAAAGUUUGUUUGCUUCGGUUUCUCGCUCCGCAAUUUCUCCCCAAAAUUGAAGAUUUUUGAGUGAAAUACAGGAAAAUCAGGAUGAAUAGCGUCGUGCACUGUCAGCUCUGGAUGGGGAGUCUGGAGCCGUAUAUGACGGAAAACUUUAUCAUGGCAGCUUUUCAGAAGAUGGGAGAGGAUCCUCAGACAGUCAAGCUAAUGCGGAAUAAGUAUACGGGAGAGCCAGCAGGGUACUGCUUCGUGAACUUCCUCAAUGACGAGCAGGCGGUGGAUGCUAUGCACAAGCUAAAUGGGAAGCCCAUUCCGGGAACCAAUCCAAUAGUUCGGUUCCGUUUGAAUAGUGCUAGUAACCAGAGCAAGGCAUUGGGGGCCAUGGAGCGAGAGUUCUCAGUUUGGGUGGGAGAUUUGAGUUCGGACGUGGAUGAUUAUAACUUGUACAGGGCAUUUUCGAGCAAGUACACAUCGAUUAAGACAGCUAAGGUUAUUCUGGACAGUUCGGGCUUCUCCAAGGGAUAUGGAUUUGUGAGAUUUGGGCUGGAGGAUGAGCAGAAAAAUGCCCUUUAUGAGAUGAAUGGAUAUAUUGGACUGGGAAGCCGGCCUCUGAAGAUAUGCAACGCUGUCCCUAAACCAAAAGGAUCUGGGACAGUUUCUGCCACUCCGGCAGCUCCUUCAGCCACGAGUAUCCUGCAGAGUGCUUACGGGAGUGCAACUGAUUACUCCCAGUACUACGAUCCUUCGUAUUGGCAAGGAUACGCCUGGCAGGGUUACUAUGAUCAACAACAGGGAACAGAUCCCACAGCCUACUACCAUCAGGCCAUGUCUCACCAUGGAACCGGACAUGUUACUGGUCAGAGCGACUGGACACAUCAUCACACUUACGAGGCGCCCCAUGAAGACGAGGAUAUGUCCCUGGUUGAGCACAAAUUCACCCUGGACGUAGACAAACUCAAUCGGGAAUCUGUUGAUCGUGACAGGAAUCUCUGGGAUGCCCUCGAGAGCUCCAAGUGGCUCCCAAUUGAGCAGCUGGAAGUGUUCUAAGCGAGCCGGGCCAAACCACAAAAGAAAAUAAAACACAAUCCUCGGAAUGAAA